AUACGACAUAUAUUCAUCAUAACAGAUUAAUCCAUCGACCCGAAGCUAAUACUGGAAUGUGCAAUAGGUAAGUUUAUAUUGGUCGAAGCUAAUUCUGGAAUGUGCAUUAGGUAAGUUUAUAUUUUCGUUUUUUCUCAAGGUCCCGUUGCAGAGAGAAUCAGAAAAACCCCAUUACAUAAGCGAGUGAUCUCGAUUCGGAGGUCAGUCGAACCUGGUUGGAAUCUCUUGAGCUGGUAAAGUGAAAAAUUAAUUUGUGCAAUGACGGAAGAGUCGGGUUCAGCGGAGGAAACGGCAGCACAACGGAGGGAAAGACUGAAAGCUCUGAGGGAGGCUCAGCAGCUCUUAGAUUCGGAACAUCCUCAACCUCAAUCUCAACCCCAGCCUCAACCUCCACAGCAAAUCGAGCCUCAAGUAGAGGAGGAAGCAGAACAAGAUGGGAAGCUGGACAUGAAAUUCCGGAAUUAUCUCCCUCGAGAUAAGAAACUUCAGGAGAAUAGAAUAGCUCCACCAGCCCUUCCCAAAUUUGAUGAUCCAGUUGCUACUGCUCCACCAAUCUCAAAUGGGACAGAGGAUCCAAUUGUCAACAUAGCUCCAAAAAAGCCAAAUUGGGAUCUUCGUAGGGACGUGCAGAAGAAGUUGGACAAGCUUGACAGGCGAACCCAGAGGGCCAUAAUUGAGCUUAUGCAGGAAGAGGAAAAACGCAGGCAAGAGGCUGCUGAACAAACAAAUGAAGCUGUAGAGGAAGAUUAAGCAAUUUCGUUUGGUCUUUAACAACACGGGAGUAUGUGGAUAGUGAAAUCUCAAACAGCCUCAUUGUUGUAAGCAGGAGUUGGGUUUUCUUCAAGAAUAGUCUAAGGUUGUUAUGGAAUGUAAGAUCAAAAUAUUGCAAGUACAAGGGAGGAAACAUUCGGAAGCGAAUUAAUGUGAGUAAUUUGAAAGAAAAGAUAGCUUAGCAGUAAAUGUUCUUUACGAUUGUCCGACCCGCUUUCACAGUUUUGUAUCCAGAGUUUUAGAAUUUCAAGACCAGAAUGAACGGAUUGACUUUUAUAAAUAAAUGCAAAAUGUCAAACAGGAUGAGAAGCAAUAUUGUGAAAUUUUGGAUUGGGUUAUUCAUAUUGUCUGGUACGGACGUUAAAUGUUAUUAAUUCAUUCAGGGAUAUUCCGCCUAAAUCUGUAACUUUCGGUCCUAACAACUAAUCAAUUUAAGGAAAUAUUUAACUGUCAA